GGGCGGUGGCGGUGGCUGCGGAGGCGGCGCUCGGACUGGGAGAUAUGAGGGUGGGGAUUGCGGAGUCGUCAGAUCAAGCAAAGUCAUGUUUACAUCCACAUGACAAGAAAGAUACACCUCAGGUUACUGGUCAAGGAGCCACGAGAAGUGAAGAUGGAGAGCCUUCAUCAGCUGAGGCUGGUUCAUUUCUUCAGCCAGAGGCUGCUUGCCUCACCUUGGGCCGUGCUUCUGAUGCAGCACCAGUGGAGAAUUUGCAUGACAGCAAUCCUUUGGUGUGUGACAAAGAAAACAUCAGCGCAAACCUGAAACCUAAGGCUGAUGCGAGACAUGGCGAGAACAGGAUGAAUCCUGCGCCCCUUGGAUUGGAUCUUAACGUAGUAGAUUGUUCAGACGCAGCGGAGCUUAAUCCCUUCUUUCCUUACAAGAAGUUGGGACAGGCGAAAGUCAGUGAUCCGUCAGAGUGUGGUAGCACAACCGGGGCUGUAGAGGAGAGUGAGUCACACAGGAAGUGGAGAGAAAUGAAGCAGAAUGGGUUCCUUUCUUCAUCUCAUGGAACUGCAGUAGUACCUAGGCCUCGUGGUCGACCCGGCAAAAGGAAAAGAGAUGAUGAAUCCAAAAGAAACUCUUUUAGUCAGAAUGAACAAACAAACAAGUUCAUGAAGGUUGCUGCUCCUAGUGGACUAUUAUCUGGGCUAAACCCUGGAAUCAUUAACCAUGUGAGAAAUAGCAAGCAAGUUUACUCCAUAAUAAAGGCUAUGGUACACUCUGAGAAUCUUGAGAAAGAGAACCAGCCAGUCUUUGCUAGUCAAACAGGAGAAAGAGGGAAAGAAUUUAUUGAGAGGGCUCAGGAACAGAGAUAUGGGGCUAGUCUGAUGAAUUGCCAUUUCAUGAUGAAAGGUAGCAACAUGCCGUUUCACCCAGGGCUGCCUACUGCGUCACAAUUCUUUCCAGAGGAUGGUGAUGAUCUGAAACUGCAACUCUCAUCAGCAGUCACUAUGGUUUCAGACAGGACCUGCAGUACAUCAGCCGAUGAUGUUGCAUCAAAUAAUGAUUACAUGACUUUGUUAUCAGUAAAGGCGGCCAAUGUUGCUUCUCAGUGGUUGGAGCUACUACAGCAGGACAUCAGAGGGCGCCUUGCUGCUUUGAAGCGCAGUAGGAAGAGAGUCAGGAAUGCCCUUCAGACUGAACUGCCCUACCUAAUAUCAACAGAAUUUGCAUCUAAUCAAGAGAACGAACCAUCCAUUAUACAUUCUUCUGAAGGUAUAUCUACUAGGAAAACAGUUCCAGAAGCACAUGUGGCACGAUGGAGGUCUCUUUUUAUUCAGAUGGACAGAACACUUCAGGAGGAGGGGAUGCAUCUGGAGAAUCGGUUGAAGGAGGUGCAAGAAAUGCAAAUGAAUUGUGAGAAAGGGCUGAGACACAUGGCUUGCGAGGCUCCAUUUGUCGGACCGAUGGCUGAAUUGUGGAAGCUGAAGAACUCGGAGACUCCUGAGAGCGAGUGGGCAGUGCAAGCUGCUGCCGCUUCCAUUUACUCGACGUGCAGCCUGGUCAUGAGAACUGAGAACGUGCCUUGCUUCUGAUCUUACAAAUGGAACUAGUUUCUUGCUUCUUGUUUUUUCUUUCUUUUUUUUUCUUUUUAACUGAUCCUUUUUUUUAACCUCAGCGUUGUGUUGUCUUCUGUUUCUUUUCUUUAUCUAUAGCCUGGCAAAUCAAAUCGUCUCCUGUUGAGUAAAUCUGCAGUGGUUUGUGAUGCACUGCUUCAUGUAACGUGAAACUCUCUGUAACGUCUGCAGUUUCCAACUUACAGUUUCACAGCCGCGUGAAAUAACAAAUUUCUUUCUGUA